AUGGAGCUUUCUCUCGAAAAGAAAUAUGAAAUUGUCUUCUUGCGUCAACAUCCGGCUGAACCAAAGUGGAGUUUUGAGAAAAUAGCUAAGCAGAUUCACUGUAGUAAGCCUACAGUCAUUCACUGGGCGAAGAAACCCCCGUAUUUAA